CCAAACUGUGCAUCUUGUAUACAUAUUUUUUCAAAAGAUUGACAGAAAUAUCACUCAUAUUAGUAACGUGUAAACUGCAAUUAAGCUGGUUUUAGAUAACUAUGGGAUGAUGAUGAUUUUUUAUUUAUAAGAUGACGAUACUGUAUGAUGAUGUUUGAAUGAUUUUCUAUUUAUUGUUCUAGAUGGCGACUUAUCUUAUCCUUUUUUUAACUGCGUGCUUGUAUGUUCACGCUGUACCAACACCACCGACCACAAGAAACACGAUCUUCAUAGAUGAAAAACUGGAAGGACAGAUUUUUGAGGGAGUUCAAGAUUCUGACGUUGCUUUCUACAAUGAUCACACAAAAUACAGAUUGCCUACAACCACACGCCCUAGACACUAUGAAGUAUUAUGGAUCUUCGAUAUGAUAAAUCUUAGGUUUUCUGGCGUAGUAUCAAUAUAUUUAUCAGCAACUCAGGCGAAUGUAAACGAAAUAGUAAUACACACUGACGAGUUGCGUAUUGUGCAAGUCAGUCUUCAGCAAGGUAAUUCUGCCAUCAGUGUAACAUAUGAGGAAGAUAAAGAACUUCAUUUCCUACGCAUUCGACCAGCUACAACACUUCUGUACAAUGUAAAUAAUCCCGUGGAAUAUAAACUGACCAUUGACUUUGAUGCUGAGCUACGUAGAGAUAUGUCCGGGUUAUAUAGAAGCUGGUUCAGGAAUUCCUGGAAUGAUGCAGUGAGGUGGAUGGCAACAACCCAGUUCCAAGCUACGAACGCUCGAGCUGCAUUCCCGUGCUACGAUGAACCAAGUUUUAAGGCCACCUUCGAUAUAACAAUUCGUCGGCCUACUGAUUACAAAAGUUGGUCCUGCACAAGAAUCCGAGAAACAACCAGCGCUACUACAGGAUUUCAAAACGACCUAUAUCAUACUACACCCAUCAUGUCCACUUACUUGAUUGCCGUCAUAGUAGCUCAAUACGAAACUCAAGAUCUGGUUAUAAACGGAACUAUGACUUAUGAAGUGAUUGCAAGACCGGGGGCUUUACAAGCAAAUCAAGGUGACUACGCAUUUGAAGUUGGACAAGAAUUAUUAACAACAAUGAGUGAGCAUACAGGGAUUGAUUUCUACAGCGUCUCCCCACAUAUCAAGAUGACACAAGCGUCUAUUCCUGAUUUCUCAGCUGGUGCCAUGGAGAAUUGGGGAUUACUUACCUACAGGGAAGCAUACUUAAUGUAUGAUCGUGAACAGACCAGUGAUAACAUGAAGCAAAUUAUUGCUUACAUCCUCUCUCACGAGAUUGCCCAUAUGUGGUUCGGAAACUUGGUGACCUGUGACUGGUGGGACAACUUAUGGUUGAAUGAAGGUUUUGCGAGAUAUUACCAAUACUAUCUUACACACUGGGUUGAGGAUUAUAUGGGUUUUGAUACUCGUUUUAUAGUAGAGCAAGUACACACAUCAAUGUUGGCGGAUUCCGCGAACAAUCCUCAUGCCUUGUAUCACCCUCAUGUCGGCGAUCCUGAUGAAGUAUGGGCCAUGUUUUCGACAAUUUCAUAUAACAAGGGAGCAUGCGUCAUAAGAAUGACCGAGCAUUUACUCGGAUUUGAAGUUCACAGACAAGGAUUAAGAAAUUACCUAGUUAACAAAUCUUUCCAAGUGGCCUUGCCAAUUGACUUAACAGAAGCCUUGCACAACGCAUCUGUUGCUGCAGGAGCUAUUGCUCAGUAUGGUGAAGAUUUCUCAGUUGUGGAAUACUACAAAACGUGGCACGAUCAGCCUGGAGUUCCUGUGCUCUUUGUGCAAGUUAACCAUCAAACUGGUGACAUGGUUAUAACACAGCGUCGUUUUAACAUCAAUUAUGGUUACGCAGCGGUAAAUUACAAUUGGCAAAUACCAAUUACAUUCGCUUCGGCUAGCAAUCCAGAUUUUGUUAACACGAAACCAUCCCAUAUCUUAAAAAAAUCUGUUACUGUUGUCAAUCGCGGAUCUCGUGGUGACGAAUGGGUCGUAUUUAACAAACAACAAACAGGCUACUAUCGAGUGAACUAUGAUGAGUAUACAUGGGAUCUCAUCAUCAUAGCUUUACGUGGCGCACAAAGAACCACUAUUCAUGAAUACAAUCGCGCUCAAAUCGUCGAUGACGUCUUCCAAUUCGCUCGUUCAGGUCUCAUGAGUUAUACAAGAGCAUUCAAUAUUCUCUCAUUCCUCGAACAAGAAACGGCAUAUGCUCCCUGGGUGGCGGCUUUGACUGGAUUCUCCUGGUUAAGGAAUCGACUCGCUGGCACUGAUCUGUUACCCACACUGGAGAGUCUCAUGUCGCGCUGGUCAACACGCGUGAUGAACGAACUGACAUACUACCCUGUGGCCAACGAGACCUUCAUGAGGUCGUACCUGAGGCGCCAGUUAGCGCCUGUGUUGUGUAACAUAAACGUAGCAGCUUGCCGUAAUGCUGCAGUCAGCCAACUGAAUGCCCUCCUUGUGAACGGAGCUGAAGUACCAGUGAACAGUCGAAACUGGGUAUAUUGCACGGGCUUACGGGCCGGGACUUACGCAGACUACGCAACGAUGUGGCGUCGGUAUCUGCAGCACAAUGUUUACACAGAGAAGAUCCAGUUACUCCAGACCCUUGGCUGCACUGCCAAUGUACAGGCAUUGAAUGAGCUUUUAACAUCGAUUGUCCAAGAUAACUACGAAAUCCGUCCACAAGAUUACUCAACUACGUUCAACGCUGCAUUGAACGGAAAUGAAGCGAAUACACAAGUCGUUCUAGAAUUCGUUAAGAAUAAUCUGGCUAGUGUGACUCAAGCGUUUGGUUCUCCAUCCACUCCGCUAUCGAAUAUUGCGGCAAGACUGAGAACUGUAGAAGAAAUCAAUUCGUUCCAAGUUUGGGUGAACCAAUCACAAGCGGCCUUGGGCGAUUCGUACAACCGCAUUUACAAUGCUGCUGAGUCCGCGAGGGAGAGCAUAGCGUUCGCUCAGGAGAUACGAAACGAUAUUAACAACUACUUCACGAAUGGUGAUGAAGUUAUAUUAGCGUCCACGCCACAGCCACCAUUGGUCACUGAUCCUGUCACAGUACCUAGACCAGAUUUAACCGAGCCCGUCACGCCAGACAUCCCCGGUUCAGCUGUAACUGCCGUCCUAUCAGCCUGUCUGUUGACGUUGGCUGUAAUUACUAACCUUGUCAUGUAG